UUAAAAACAAAUCUUUAGUCCCUUCCCGGAUGAAAAUGCUGUUGGGUGUGCAACGCGCUCUUAGACAAAAUGUUAGUCAUCAGUUGCUAAUACGUAAAGCUUCCUUUUUAGAUCAGUUUUGCAAGGACGCCGAUAAUAAUAAGGAUAAGACGGACAAACCUGACAAAUCCGUCGAACUGACCCUGGAAAAUGCCUUCAAACUAUACAAUUUAGACGAUGAGCCAACGGAUUAUGUAACAUUGAAACGAAGCGAAGCCGUCAAAUUAUAUACUGACAUGCAAACGGUAAGGCGUAUGGAAAACGCUUGCGCUGAAUUAUAUAGACAGAAAGUUAUCAGAGGAUUCUGUCAUUUGUAUGCAGGACAGGAGGCUUGCUGUGCAGGCAUGUGGGCGGCGAUGAGGCCAGAAGAUACUGUUAUCACGUCUUAUCGCUCGCACGGCUGGACAUAUCUUAUGGGAGGUUCGGUUUACGAAAUAAUGGCCGAAUUAGCGCAGAAACAAACUGGCUGUAGUCGAGGAAAGGGUGGUUCGAUGCAUACUUAUGCGAAAAAUUUUUUCGGCGGCAACGGUAUUGUGGGUAGUCAGGUUCCAUUGGGAGCAGGUGUGGGUUUAGCGCAUGCCUACCGUUGUAGAGAUGCUGUAUCCUUUACCCUAUAUGGAGAUGGCGCCGCAAACCAGGGCCAGCUAUUUGAAUCUUUCAAUUUAGCCUGCUUAUGGAAGCUGCCAGUAGUUUUUGUAUGCGAAAACAACAAAUACGGUAUGGGAACUUCGGCUAAUCGCGCUGCUUGUAAUCCGAAUUAUUACACGCGAGGUGAUUACAUACCAGGUAUUUGGGUUAAUGGUAUGGACGUAUUGGCGGUACGCAGUGCGACGGAAUUUUGUAUAGAUAGAGCAAAAACAUGUGGUCCGUUGGUCAUGGAAUUAGAAACUUAUCGUUAUUACGGUCAUUCUAUGUCCGAUCCCGGUACUAGCUAUCGGAAACGUGAAGAAAUUGAACAAGUGAGAAAGACAAAUGAUCCAAUAACCAGAUUUAAAACUUUAUGCUUAAAUUGCAAACUGUUAACUGAGGAAGAUUUUAAGUUAUUGUAA